CACUUACUAGAGGUUACAAUCUGUAACAAUGGCAAGUUUAAUCUCAAUCUGUUUUCACUUCGUCUGGAUUACCAGCCUUUUGACAACACUGUACCAGGAGACAUCCGCUCAAUCUACAUCUUCGAUACCGACUAUUUCUUCGUCGAUACCAACAGUUUCGGCAUCGACAUCAAAGAUUUCUACAUCGAUACCAUCUAUUUCUACAUCGAUGCCGACUAUUUCUACAUCGAUACCGACUAUUUCUACAUCAAUACCAACUAUUUCUACAUCGAUGUCAACUAUUUCAACAUCGAUACCAACACCUACUACAUCGAUACCAACACCUACUACAUCGAUACCAGCUGUUUCGUCGUCAGUUGCAUCUCAAGUGACAGUUUCAACAUCUCUCUUGACAUCAACAGUUGUAUCAACACCUCGGAUGUGACAACAUCAACUGUAUCAACACUUCCUGGUGUAUCAACACUGACUUUAUCAACAUCAUCACUUGCAACUUUAGCUGUGUCAACAUCAGCUGUAGUGUCAACAUCAUUAGUUGUAUCAUCAACAACCGUAUCAACUUCUCCAAACUCCAUACCAAGUUUUUCAACAGUCACACCCUCGUCUUCAAGUCAUGGUGCAUCAACCAGCGGUUCAACACCGGAUUUAUCAACAUCGUCCACAUUUUCAGCGACACAAGCAGCGACAACCAUCCUACCCACAACCAUCCUACCCACAACCAUCCCACCCACAACCAUCCUACCCACAACCAUCCUACCCACAACCAUCCCACCCACAACCAUCCUACCCACAACCAUCCCACCCACAACCAUCCUACCCACAACCAUCCCACCCACAACCAUCCUACCCACAACCAUCCUACCCACAGCAACCCUAUCUACACCCAUCCAGCCCACAACAGUCUCGCCCACAACAACCCCGCCCACAACAACCCCGCCCACAACAACCCCGCCCACAACAACCCCAACAACAACCCUCCCACCUACAACUGUCUCACCAACAACCCGUCUAACUGCCAACCCCACAACCACACCCUCGCCGUCCCUCUCCCGCCCAUGGAACAAAGAGAACAGCGUCGUGUCAGUGCCGUUUGGUCUCAAGUUUAGCCGGACGUUUGACCCCCAGCUCCUGAACAGAUCAUCAGAGAUAUUCCAGUCAAGUCUGAAGGAGUACAAGCAAAAUUUGACUAACUUGUACGCCAACGUACGGAACUUUCGAGAAAUCCUCAUCAAGGAAUUCAUCCCCGGCAGUGUUAUAGUGCUAUAUAACGUCACACUGCUUGUCUUCAACACGUCCGCCAAUCCGCUGAACGCGACGGAGGUUACACAAGCACUGGUAGACUUGUACCCAGCGCUGCAGAAAGUCACGGACAUGGACACGGCUUACCUAGCCUUGACCUACAACAGCAGCGUUGAAAAAGCUGGUCAGACCCUAGCUCUGGUGGCCAGUGACCCCUGUAUGGCAGACAGCAUCUGCCCAGCCAACUACGUGUGUGACGUCAACAGAGGACAGUGUCGGGAAAAGUGCUCACUGCACGUGUGUCCGCCUCAGGCUACCUGCUAUCUGGAUGAGGGGAACAACCCCAAGUGCAGAUGUAACGCAGACGACAAGUUCGUGUAUGGAGGCGCCAACUGCACUCAAGUUGGUGAGAAACUGGCCCUCGGCUCCAGUGAGAUCAUCGCCCUGGCCGUCUGCCUAGGUGGCGCUGUCAUUAUCAUAGCCGUCAUUCUCACCGUCUGCAUCAUGCACCGCAGACGACACAGAAAAGACGAGCUGUAUGAAAUGUCCUCCUCCGAGCAACUGGCCGUGUACCCCACGGGCGGGAGUCUCUACUCACCCUACCAGGGCUCCACCUACCUGGGCAGGGGUCACUACGACAACACCGCAGACGACCAGUUCAGAAUCCCCCCAUUCAAGGUCUCGGUCGAACCACGUGACGACCACAUCGGCCAACAAGCCACGCCCCAGGAUAUUCCUGUCUUCCCCACCAAAUCGACGCCAACGGCCUACAAUUCCAAAGCAAAAUGGCCGCAACAUUCCUCGUGGAGCGACGAAGACGACAAAUGACGUCAGAGACAAGGAAUAAACGACACACGUAAAGAGAAAGUGAGCACACAAUAACAGUGGAUAAUAAUAUGUGUGUUCAAAAACAUGUGAGACUGAUCCAAAAUUUUUUCUUUGAGUUCGUGUUUAAAUAAAGCGUGAAAGCAAAUUUUGAAUGCAAGUCACAAAAUAACCAGACUUUUAAAAUGCAUACUCCUGUAUAAAAAAUGUCUUCAAUAAGUGUAUAAGACUUAAUAUGUAUGUAUAUAAGCGAAAAUCAUGUUUAAACAUAAAAAUGUCAUUGUAAGCAACAUAUUGGAUGUAUAACACGUAUAAACUCACAAAUUGUGAAAAAUUUGGUAUCCAAACAUUUGUCACUAUCAAAGAGCCUUCACUCUGAAGAUCUCCACCAACUUCAUGUUUCUAGAUAGGAAGGUCUAGUUUCAUAAUCAUUGUACCACCCCAGGGGGGUGUACGACCCAAUGAGGUGUACGACCCAGGGAGGUGUACGGCACAGAGAGGUGUACGACUCGGAGAGGUGUACGACCCACGGAGGUGUACGACCCAGGCAGGUGUACGACCCAGGGAGGUGUACGACCCAGGCAGGUGUACGACCCAGGGAGGUGUACGACCCAGGCAGGUGUACGACCCAGGGAGGUUAUACGACCCAGGUAGAAGCAACACCCCAGAGACAUAUACCACGUUAUUUGGAAACCUGUGUUAUAAAUUUAGUUAACGACAAAUUAUUGGUACACGGCUUGCAUAACAAUUGUACUCUAGACUUAUAUUUUUAUAUUAUAUAUAUUAUUUAUUUUUUGACAUCUUAAUCUUCUGUUAUCCCACACGCUUUAUUAUGUGAUAACGUAUAAAUGCAUCAACGUAUAAAAUUUUUCAGACUUGCAACGUGAGCACUAUUUAUUACUCGUCUACCAAUGUUGUCCUUUAUGUUCUAUCGAUCACUGGCUGGUCCAUAUACCUGAUCUGUAAAUAAAUGGAAUCAAACAUCAA